AUGGGCAACGCUCUCUGGAUCGCAGCUUACGCUAAGACGCCGGCUCUUCAAACUCCUCUGAACAUGUGCCUGCUAAGUUUGGCAUCAGUGGGUCUCUUUAAUGGUGUCGUGAUGCAACCGCUGAUCAUUUCAGAGGCAAUAUUCUUCCUGGCCUGUCCGUUGAGAACUUGUUCCCUAGAACAUAUCGUCACUGGUAUAGUGACCUUAGUAGCCGAUAGCACUUUACAGAACAUCGCUGUCAUCUCUAUCGAUCGCUACAUAGCGAUUCUUAUGGGUGUAAGGUAUUUGCAAUUGGUGACCAAAAAGCGUAUCGUCAUUGCCUUUGGUACCUACGCGCUGUUUCGCGUGUUUUUAAGCGUAUGUGUUUUCACAGGAACGAUUGAUUAUGUGGCGCUAGUAAUCGCGUCGAUAGUUUUCAGCAGUACAAUUGUACUAUUUACUUGUGUUAGGAUUACUUUUCGUAUUCGUCGUCUUAGAUGUGUCGUUGUAGGACCAGCCCCGAACCCGGAAGAAGAAAGAAGACGAGCGUACGAGAGAAAAGUUACAAAAACAUUCGGCGUAUUAGUAGGAACGUUUAUCGUAUGUUUUGCACCAGCCAUGGGCUACUACUUCGUCCUUAAAUCGACUGUUGUCGACCCAGUACUUCAUGGCAUAGUUUGGCGUUUUAUUGAAGUAAUAAUGAUGUUAAACUCAGUUUUGAACUUUGCUGUUUAUUUUUGGCGGCAUGGAGAGAAGCGAGUCGCCGUUCGCAAAGUCAUCGGCGACGCUUACGCUGCAGUUAAGGGUUGUAAUUGCCAUUAGGCAACAGAAGGAGAGAGAUACCGUUAAAAAUUUUUAUUUAGCAAUAAAUUCAAUAAUCGCUAAUAAUGAGUAAGCAGGAACAACGUUUGAUUCAAGCUCGUUUACUGGCGUAGAAUGUUGAAUUUCGUGUGAAAUCGUGGGAAAAGUUCUCCUGGUACAUAUGAUUUACCGGCGCAUGUUUUUUCUCAUUGGAAGGAAACAUAAGAAGUGCUCUUAAUAUGCUCUUAACUAAAACAAAAGGUUUAAUUUAAGGCCGUCAUAUCCUUGCAAAAAUUAUGAAUUUUGUGUCUCAUUAUCCUGAGGCUUGCUUUGAAGCUAGUUAUUUUUAUGCUCGUCAUUCUCAGAUUUGUCUUUUAUUGAAUGAAUAAAUUUUCCAAUUAACAGUCUUUCUGUUAUCUUGUCACUGAAAUUGUAUAUUAAAUGAUUUUUUUGAUGAUGGGGAAAAUAUUAUAAAAAAAAUAUUUCUAAAAUUCUCAUUUCCAGAAUAAGAUUCACAUCAUUUCAAUCAUUUCAUUUAUUUUCCUUUAGACGACCUUCUCUAAGCAACUUUCUACCAUGGUUAAUUGAUAGAUCGUGAGAGAUUGUGAAAGUCAAUUUCUAAGCAACAUUUCCCCCGACUAACAAGUCAAACUAAUUAGAGUGAGCAUGGAAUUUAAGCAAGCAGGCAAUCAAUUGCCAGCGUCUACAAACUAAGAAAGUUUAGAUCUCGAAAGAUUCGAAUAUGUAUCAUUAUCCCUCGAGCUCUGACUCAAUUAUACAUCUUUUCAAAUUCCCCAUUGCGGUCUUUCGUUUGACAUACAAAUACUCAAAACUUUUGAAUUAGAAAACAUGAUUAAAUCAAGUUCGUCAAUAUCCUGCCCACCUACGCACAACACAAAUUCUCCUCUAAAUGUAUAUUUUGGAACAUUUAUUUAUGAACUGCAGCUGGUUGGGUGAAGGCUUAAGAGCUGCGCAUGCCUGAAUUUCUAGGUUCGAGUAACAUCUGCUCGGUCUCAGCUAACGACGUAGGCACCUUUUGCUAAACAUAAUAAUAAUGAAUUUUGCUUGUUCCUGAAGGAAAAAAAAAUCUUUUGAAGUUUCGAAACACCCACCAGCUUAUAUUCGACCAUCGGACCUCUGGUCUUUUGGUAAUCGAGUCUUCUCAUCAUCCGAGUCUUGACACCAAUGAUGACUUCCGCUCAGUUUGUCAAAACGGAAGUCGCUACCACUGACAUCAGUCCUCCCCAGUUCCACCCAGUUCUACUCACACUCAGACGAGCAGGCCAAGUGCUCGUUUCUCGAAAGUACCGGUAACUUUACGGACCCAGAGUUAUUAUCGUUUAGUUAAGUAAUUUGAUUUCUCGUUCGCCUUUUUAUUUGAUUUAAAAUUUUUGUUAGCAAAAUAAUCAUUUGAUUAUAUUAUCUUCCUUUUUAUAAAGACCUAGUUUCUUUUCUCGUAAAGGUGUAUAGUUAGUGGCACGUAAUUUUUUCCUCUUCCUUCUUGUAAUCGAUGGUAAUUAAUAGCUAUUCUUUUAUAAAGACCUUCUACAUUUAAGACACUUGUCGGUUAUUCUAAUGUAUUUUAUACUUUGUAUUGCAGCUGUAGUUUUGCUAUAUUGAGGUUAAAUAUUCUCUAAGGCGUUAUACCACUGCUUGCAUCGACUACCUGUUGCUAACUGCGAGCAGCGUUCAUCUUAUUUUAUAUUUCAAGCUAGUAAUAAAAUGGAAUAUUUUUAAGUCGAAUUAAGUCAGUUUCAAAACUGACAAUACCUCGAUCUUGAACGAAAUAUGCGCGGAGAACAAAAAAUAGUUCUUUUGUUUAUUUCCUGUGUGGCGUAACUCGUAAUUUUUUAUUUCUCUUUUUGUAUUGUCAUUCAAAUGUUCGACGAAAAAUCCCCUGAACCUCCAGGUGUACACCAAACGAAUAAUAUUGAGGGAAAUAUAUAUUAAGUUUCCGCGACGGUGGGGAGUAUAUCAUGGCUCUGACGAAGGCGGGAUACUAAGCUUAAAACAUCAGCUUUAGAACAUCUUGAUGGUGGCCAAUUAAAAAUAAAACAGUAGAUAAUUACAAAUUUUAAAUAAUAUUGUAAAUGGUUAAACUUUUUUUUUUCGUUCGUCAAAGAGGGAAAAACAGAGCUUGUGUGUCAGGUGUACUUCGGAAAGCAAGUCGACAUUUUUUUUUCCGCUAGGUACGGUAAUGCUAGCGAGAGAUACAUUUGCCAAUGUUACCGCAACAUCUUAUUAGCGUCCUAUUAUAAUUUUAAAGCCUAUCCCUGUAAAUAUAUUCUAUUGACGACGCUUUUUCAUUUCUAUUGCAUUUACAAGCAGUUUUAAACAUAUGUUUGGAAGCUUACGCUGCAGUGUUCUCAAAACAUUUUUCAAUAAACACAUAUCCUAUCGCUCAAAGUGCUAAUUUCCUGAAGUGUUUGUUGAUUCAAAUCAUCUUUGUUGUCUAGUAUCUUUUUUUCGCUCGAAAUGGACUGUUCGUCCGCUGCUAAAAGAUUAAUUAAUCAAGAACGGCAAGUAGCCGUCAAAACCAGGCAUGUAUCUCUUUGAUCAAACCAUCGUAUACUCUGCGUAAGGUUCGGUUUAUACUGGCGUUUCGUGUUUCAUUUGAUUAAAGAUAUUACCAAAAUCUUUGCGUUUGAGGCAACCGCAGAAGAAUCGACAUCCUGCAAAGAAAAAAUAAGUAUUUUAAUGAUCAUAUAGUGAGACGAAUUAAUCCACACGGACACAUUACAAUUUACGAACAUAAAGAAAGUGGAGUAGGGGUCUUUGUUUAACUAACCUGGACACGGUUCUGAUUAACAUAACAGUUGAUGUGUCGAAUAAAUCUGAACGAAUGCUAAUGACUGGAAGACAACUGCGAUAGCAUUGUCGUUCCUGCUGUCUUUGUCGUUGUCAAGAGUGAACGAUUUUCGUGAAAUGUGCUGGCAAACCUUUCAAAUAUAAUGAACUCUCAGCAGGUAGUAUCAUUCACCCUUUUAAUUCUGUACUAGUCCUAGUCCUAUCCAAAAAUAUGCAAAAUCUGCAGGUGUUUAAGUCUCGUUGAAGAUAUCGUCGCCAACGAAACUCAGAGUAUUUGCGAGCUGUGAAGACCAGCGCAAAAACCACUCUUCGUCUGAUAGCUUUACUUUAAUGAUGUACCCAGCCAUAGAACAGCGUCCUCUGGCACUUGUAAUUAUCGAGCCAGCGAUUUUGGUAACCAUGGCCAUUCUGUGUUCGACGGGCAACUUGCUGAUAUGCAUUUCGAUUUACAGAAACCCAACUCUUCGUACAACGACCAACGUGUAUGUCUUUGCAUUAGCAGUCAGCGAUCUUCUGAAUUCCAUCGUAGUAAUGUCGUUAGCAGUUGGCGUCCUGAUUACUGGGAAAUGGCCCUAUGGGGAAAUUAUGUGCAAUUUGCAUGCGUUUUUCACCCUUUUUUCUGUGUAUGUCUCUCCCACGACCAUGGGCCUGGCGGCUGUUAACAGAUACAUUCGAAUUGUCAAGUCAAGUCAUUAUUCCCACAUUUUCACACCAUUCCUUUCGAAGCUUUACGUUGUUGCGGUAUGGAUGUUCGUUGCAGGGUAUGUUGCGAUUCCCCGGAUGGCCGGUUGGACUGCAUAUGGCUUUAUUCCUGGUUACGCUGUGUGUACUAUCAUUCACCCAACUGAAGCUGCUAAAAUUACACAUUACUGUAUCGUGGUAUCACUGUUUCUCGUUCUCCCCUUCACCCUAGCAAUUUUCUGUUACUACAAUGUAUUUGAGACAAUUAAACAACACAACAUGAACGUAAUAACCUCAUUCCAAAGAGUUGGACAAGACGGUCACUUGAGUAUUAGAGAGAUUAAAAUUACGAAGUCUUUAGCAGUUGUCGUCCUAGCUUUUGGAUUAUGCUGGAUCCCAUUUUGGAUCAUCGCUAUGACGCAACGUUUUACCGCAAGCGUAGUGCCACGAAAUGUGCAACUUGUGUGCACCUUUUUGCUGUUUUUUUCGAGUACAGUGAAUCCAUUCAUUUAUGCAGGCACAAACGAGGCUUUCAAGGUAGAGUUUCGCCGCGUUCUACAUUGCAGACAACACAGAAUAGAUGAUCGCGUUCAAAUGCAGGACAGCAAAAAUGGCUACCCUGUAAGAGUAAAGGUGCGAGAAACAUCCACUUUAAACUUUACUUCAUCCUGAAGUAACAAAAUUUACACAAAGGGCAAAGAGCCAAAAGAAAAAAAAAAUGCCCUAUUCUUGAUAUUUAGACAAGUAACUUCACUUUAGCACACACUGUUCAUAUUAAUAUUUACUGUAAAGGAGCCAGAAAAGGGUUUUUAAAAAAAAUUCCCAAUUCUUGAUAUUUGGACAAGUAACUUCGCUUUAGCACACACGCGAGUUUAAGUUCAAGCCCCAUUUCUUUACGUAAUCCAAUUACUUUAACCCUAACAUCAGUAUUCAUAAUCUCCAUACUGUUCUCUGUGCAUUUACUAAGGUGCUGACAAGGAGAAUUUGUCGAACAAUCAAGAGUUUCUUUAGUUCGUGAUCAUUUCCUAUAUCCUCAUGACAUUGAUGUGUGAUUCAGUGGUGAUAUGUGAGGAGAAUUUAAAUGUCAGUCAAAUUAGGGGUUAAAGAGUAAAUUAAAGUUAACAUGCGAGUUUCAUUUCGUCUUUUGUCAACCACAAGUCAAAUACUAUUGUAUUCAUAUAUUAAAUAAGGAGAGCCAGCAAACACCGGAAUGCUUUCGACACUCAAUUGAAGAUCGGUCUACGUCACAAAAUCAUUUAGAGCGAUCAUAAUUGAGUGAGAAAAAUCCAGUACUGCGUUGGCCUCCUUUGGAAGAAUCGACAAGUCGUUAGGCAGUUUUGACCCGACCUCUUGCAUUCCGAGUUCCUAUCAGCUUCCUCUUGUAUUUUCUUUUUUGUUUUGUUUUGUUUUGUUUUCAUAGGUCUAUGUGAUUAUUUUGAUUUCGUUUCAUUCCACUCUACAUCUGAUAUUCAUGUAUGUGGAUCAAAGCUGUACAGCUAUUGCUCUCUUAGACGACGUUUUAUAUUCUUUGAAUGAGAUUUUCAUUUGAAUGUUUUAAUCACAGUCGAGGUGACCGCUUGAUCAGUUCGAUCAAGCAGUUCGUUCAGUUCGAUGUAAGACGACAACCUCAUUCCUUUUGUCUGGCUUUCAGAUGACAAUGCAUUUGUUCCUCCUUAAUUCCUUCAAGACUGUGCUUCUUGAGAUCGGCAGUCACUAAAAAAGCAGGAAACUUAUUUCAGACCUUUCCCAUUUUGCGCAUGACUCUGACGAUAAUUUCCCCUCAGGUCCUCGAAUAUUCAGUGGUUUUAACUUUCCACGAGAAUAAUUAUUCUUACAAUAAUCUUAGGCAGCGAGAUAAGUACGGUGACCUGGAAAAGCUUUUGUAGUAGGGCCAUCCAGUGAUUGAUUGAGUGCCCAGUUUUUUAACAUCGUUAUUAAAUUCGAGUUAUUUGUGCAAAAACAGAUGAUGACGCUUCUUCAGGCGUGAGUUUAUUUUCAUUGGUAAAAAAUUAGUGGUCGGUGGAAUUGGACGAUUUUUUACAAACUCAAAAUCAGUUGCAUUUUCAUGAAAUGAAGAAUAGAAAAUAACCUUCGACAAAUGUUGAGUAUAAUUCUUUUCCUUUUCAGUUUGUGACAAAAAUUGACCAAUAUUCAGUGGUUUUAACUUUUUUAGAAUAAGAGACUGAACCUAAAUUCUGUCAAUUAGUAUAAUUCUUUCCUUUUCAGUUUGUUACAAAAUUACCAAAUUGGCUUACCUUCUAGAAUAAGAGACUGAACCUCAUUUCCUCAAUUUCUUUCUAAGAAUAAGUGAUCCUUAUUUCCUCAAUUCCAACUUCUACGUACUGUCUGAACAACACCAGUCACCAAAAAGAUUUUUGAAACACCUAAAGAAUUACAAAAGGUAUCAUAAGAACUUAUGUAGUAGAUAGCCUAUUAACCAAAACCUACCUUUGCUAAUUAGUAUAGACUUAGUUUGACCAAUCACAAGCAUUCCGUUGACAGUGAAUCAAUAGGAACUCAAACGACGUGAAAAAAAUUAUAAUUAAGUCACACAUUUAGUUAACAAUGUCAGUGCACAGCUUCAUAACAUUUUCAAGAAAAUCAGGCUUUUUCAAACAAAGUUUAUGAAAACGGGCGUUGCGCUGCCAGAACCUGCUUGUAUUCACAGGAAGGCUAAGAGGACAUCUCAUGAACUUUUGACCCAGCGAAUGUCGAAAAGACAGACGAAAAGAAGUUCAGCAAUCUUGCAGGUAAGCUAGGUAACCACUGCGCCAAUAUUACAAUCCACUAUUUUAAUAUCGCAGAUUAUGGCCUGUUUCGCUUAUGUUUCAAUUAUUUGGUUUGAUUUUCGAAGCCGGUUGUGGCAUUGAUGGUUCAGAAAGAUAUUUUGUCGAUUGUAGCUUUUAAAGACGAGCUUUACGAAUUAAAUUUGACACAGGUUGUGUAAUGAACUGGGUAUGAAUAAACGAAAUUCACUGUGAAUUAGAUUGAAAAGUCAACCGGAGAUCAUUUCAUUUUUUAAAGGCUGUACUCAGUAAUGAAUCUUUGUGCAUGAUCUUCUAAUCUGGGUACUAGGAUGAUGAUUGUUAGGCUGGAAAGAAACUGAUUUUCAUCGAAACGAUUUGAAUUCUAUUUGAGUUCUAAAAGAUAUAGCACUUUCAAGGAUGACCAUAUUCAUUAUUAAAUCUUUGAUCUCGAUUCUGCUCUUUGAUUACUGAAAUGGUGAUAAGUAGGCUAGAAAGAAGUUAUUUCCAUUGAAACGAUUUAAAUUUUUAUUUCAGUUUCAAAAGAUAUGGCACUUUCAAGGAUGUGUAAUUAAAAUGAUUUUUCGUUCUCGUUUUAAUUGAUCAAUAUUUCACGCUUUUAAUUUUACCGCUAUUCCAAUUGGAGAAAAUACAUUCAAAGGAAGCAAUUAUAACACCCUGACUGACUGCAUCUGUGUUUACUUUUGAAAACGGAUAGGACAUGAACCACUUUGUAAUCAUAAUAACUGCUGAAGACUAAAUAACCACCUAUUGGAGACAAAAUUUGUUCAUUGUGCCAAGUACUAAUUAUCGCUGACUAGCUGGCAGAGGUGCCAAAAAGAGAUGAACUUUUUCCAGUAGUUUUCUAGCUCAGUCGUUUAAAUUUAACAGUGAAACUCACAUUAACUGGAUUGCAGUAAACAUUUUGUACACUGCCCAAUCGAGUAUGAUUUGUUGUGGAAUAACAUUGAAAAAAUGAAUCUCACUCAAAAAGCAAUUUUCGGAAGUCGACAAAGGAGAUGAGUUGUUUCACACUUGCAAAGCUGGGUAAACAUUAAUUUGUCUGAGCUGUUUCUGAAAUAAGGAAGAAAAGCGGAGGAAAAUUUGCAGAUGUUCACAAAAAAAAAAAAAAAGAAAGGUUUUAAACGGAAUUUGGCUGAGAUAACUACCUUGAUGAGUAGAUCCAUUCUUUGCACACCAAGGGUGCUGCUUGUAAAACAUUUUUAUCAGAAACAGCAUAAUUCAGGCAUCGAAGUUGUUAAUCUUCAUGAAAACUUAACGAGGCUCGUGCUUGUAUAUUCCAAGAAUUAAUAAUCAAAAUUGACUUCUCCCACGAAAAAAAAACGUUCUAUCACCUAUAGGUUCGACUGAUAUUUUGUUUUGAAAAUGUGGACUGGAACCCUGGGUAAUAAGUCAAUUUUUAUACAUUUUCUCUUGCUUUUAUGGCCGCAGAAGUGAUUGGAGAAUUCAAUACUUUCUAGCUUCGCCAAAACCUAAUGGAAUUCAAAUAAACAGAUGCUUACAUCAUCCAAAUAAUUCUUUUUAAAAGAAAAUUGUUUGAGAAGAAAAGCUUCUUUAACGCAAAUUAUCUGCUGCAUAUUGUUUCUUAUGCGGCAACUGCCAAUUUGCGAGGAUUCUUACCUCUAGAGUACUUAAUUUUCUGUCAUUCCAAAAGUAUUUUAAAAAUUGUUUUAUUUAGAAACUGUCUUCUCACUGGGAUCUCAAUAUAACACUGCUGGAACAAAAUUACUAGUCAUGCAAUGCAGUUUUGGAUUAAAAUGAGUCCUUUAUCUCAACAAAAUGACUAUAAUCAUAAUUCUCAUAUUUGUUUACGAAAAGACCGUCGCCUAAGAACUGAAGUACACAUCGAAGAUGAAAAGAUGACCUGUCUUUCUUUUCCAUCAUACUGAUUAAAAUCAGAAACUGCUCUCUCUUUCCACAGUCUUGGUCAAUCUGGUUGCGAAAUCCCUAAAUGUAAAUUUGCUGAAAGUUCAUAAUCCAUCUGAGAAAACACAUGCAUAAAUUUUUUUUCAAGCCUCUUGGAAUUUUAAUCUUUGUCAGAAUUCAACAAUUAUUCCCGCAACUAUCCGUCGUACAAAAAGUUCUCCACGGCAGUCCUGCUUACGUCUUUCAACUAUCUCAGGACUCUAAGGAGCCAUUAGCCUGAUAACAAACUUGAAUUGUCACAGACGAAGAGCGAAUUUUUGCGUCAGAAAAAAAAAAUGUUUUUGUGUGGCAAUUUUCGUAAACAUCCUUGUCUUGAGCUUUUUCGCGGAAAGUAGCUGUCUCUGUCAUGAGCAUGUGAAAGAAAGAGUGCUCUGUUUCUAAGGAGAUAACUGUCAAUAGCAUAAUUGACAAAUUCAGUUUGAAAUGCAUAACUUUAAAACUAGGGACCAUCCUGGAGGUGGGACAUUAGUCCCCUACUAUCCAGCCUUAUCCAAUUCCAAGGACAACAGCUAACUGAUAUCUCUAAGUUCUCCAACCGACGAGACCCGUUCAGAGUGGAUUUUUGAUGGAAAAGAAAUUAGAGCGUUAAUUGCAAGAAUUUCACCAUUUCCAGUUCUUCUAAAUCCCAUUCAGGCCUCUCUUAGUUGAUUGACAAACACUGAAAAGUAAUCACUAACUAAAACACCUGUCCUUAAUAAAUUAAACAUGCUUUCUUUUCGUGCGCAGAUCAAAUUUCUGCCCGAAAUUUAAGAAUUAAGAGGACGUUAUUACAAGCUAACGGUACCAGCGUUUACCAAACCGACAUCGUUUGGAGAGACUGAAGGUAAUUUUGGGAUGCGCUUGCGAAAAUAAGGGGAAAAAAGGCAGGGGGAGGGGGCGGUUGGGUAAUAAUCUGUACACGUGAAAUUCGUUUUUGUGCAAUUUCAAUUAAAACUUUGGCCUCUGAGCUUGCAAUCACAGCCCACAUCUCCUAUGUCUUAGAAUUUCAGAGUCUCUUGCUUUACUUUUGACUUUAUUUAUAUCAUAUAUUAUCCUACACAAACUUAACUUAUUAUAUUCUGUCGCUAUCAGCUAAGUGAUACUGAUCCACUUUCGAAAUUACCAAGGUCGUAGUUCUUGACGAAUGACUGAUGAAGAUGACGCGCAGGACGGAAUCUUUCAGGGUUAUAAAGACAAUUUAUUUUUCUGUCGGCCUACGGAUGCAUUAUAUUCAAAUUGACUACAAUUUUUUAUUUUCUUUAAACAACUUAUCUGUCUCUAAGUAAGACACUAUCUCCACCGGUGCGAUUCCGUAGGAAACUCCAGUGAAUCCAUAACUUAGCUUGGGGACGAUAACUUAGAGAUUUUUGAUUUCGUGCGAUUUUGAGAGUUGGAAACUACAAAAGUUUAAAAUUACUACAGAUUGCUGGAGAGACCACUUCAAGGAUCUAAAAUUUGGACUUAAGUCCAAAACAAUGAUAUUCAAGGGUGAGCCAUCACGGGCACACAAUAUACACUUCCAGUCGCUACUUUCAUGUAGAACUGUUUAUCUUUUCGUGAAGAGUGCCUCUGAAUUUUAAUUAUGUGUGAAAGCAGAGAAAAUACAACUGUGGCACAGUUCUUUAGUUUAAGAUUUUCAGUUUAAUUUGUUAAAGUUGAAAAAACUAGAUCUAGAAGUUGAUAACAAUCAAAAAAAUUUUCCGAAGCUUGAUUGUUGGAGAAGAAGGGAAAGUAAUGUUUAGAUUUCAGUAUCUUUACACAAAAACAACCCCGACCCGAAAAAAAAAAAAAAAAAAAAAAAUGUUUGUUUAAUUCAAAUUAUCCAUACAUUGUUUUACAGAACCUAAUGAUUAUAAGCAGGAUUAGUGAACAACAAAACAAAAUAAACAUGUUCAAAGUGUUUCGGACAUCAUGCAUCAGAAAAGUUAUAAUCGUAAGGAAAAAAAAUGAGUUGUGUGAAAUGGCAAUUGUAACAGUAGCUGAGUAUGUUUCUCUCUCUCUCUCUCUCUCUUUUUUUUCUGUGCUAGUCUUGAGAAUUUCGUUUAUCUUUUCAGAUUAAACAUGCAAAUGAAUUGAGAAGUCACUUCUGGGAAGUGCAUUCAUUUUGCCAUUAACAAACCAUGAUAGUAUUUCUAAUUAAAAGAUAUGUGGAUUAGGCUACAAUCUGGAGCUUUAUCUACUGUGUAAGAAGAUUCAAAUCUCUUACUUUCUGGCUCAUUACUGUGCCUCGUAAAUCUCGUACGAUGAACAUUAUUGUUUUUGUACAAUGUUCGGUGGUGGUUGCGUGUAGCACUAAUCUCAAUUAUUAAUAUAUUUUUUUCUUGGCAAAUUGACAUUUUUCUUUUACCUAGAAAAUUAUAUUGGCAUUUUGCUCGACAAUCCAACUUUUAUGGGAAGGUUUAUGACGUACCCAAGUUUUGCAGAAGCUUGAAUAAUCAUUUUGUUGUCUUAUUAACAGUAAGUACUAAAUGAAGUUAUUUUAAGCAGUGCAAUUUAAAUUUUAAAACACUCAAUUUUGCAACUAAAUCAUUUUUUCAGAAAAAAAAAAAAAACGCAAAAUAGAGCCGGUAGAGACCACUUUGAUUUAACCAAAAAUUUAUUUGAUGGAAAUCAACGUGACAAGGAGAGUUUUACAAGGUGCUGUAGUGUUAGACAUACCGUUCUUUAAUUUUCUUUUAUGUUAUUAUUUAUUUAUUUCGGAUUGACUGGGUUUCUUUCUCUUUUUCCUCAUUUCUGACAGUAGGAGUACAGGCUUGGAUAAUAGUGUUGAAAAUUGCCACGAUACUUCAGUUUAAAAUGAUAGCUUUCCUAAUAAAUAGCUUGAAAAUACUUUUAAAACCUGACUAGUGGGUCAUUUUACAAUGCAGAUACGCUGAUGUUAAGAUGACUAUAUGCAUAUGCAGACUUAAGUGUAUUUUAGAUAUUGCCGAAAGCUGCCUGAGGGUGGACGGGGGACUUCUUUCAAAACUUACAAACUAGGUCACAUCUUUUGUAGAUAAUUUGGUUUUAUAAAGUGAGUUGAUAACGUAAAUUGUCCGCCCUAAACAGUUUCUAAAGCUGACGUUUCGAGCGUGAGCCCCUCGUCAGAAUAUUCGUUUCUUUCGGCAAAAGUAACGGAAUCUUCGACCACCUAAUUAGAAGUCAUCGUUAGAGUUGAAACGAAACACGCUAAUUUUACGUAUGUAAAUUAAUUUGCUUGACAAUUACCCCUUCUUCAGACUGCCGCUUCUCUAUUAAUAACAAUCUUUGUGUCAACAGUAAAUAAUUAACCAACAAUGUUUUGCAGACAACUAUCUCCACUAUUUGGACCCGGACCAGAGAAAACUAAUGGUGUCGUGCUGUACCUCGCAUGAAGUUCUGUCCCGUUACUAAUCUUCACCGAUCCACGAAACAGCUCAGUCUUAACACAGAGUGGCAGCUGCCUUUGCACGAAGAGAGAUCAUGAGCUUUCAAUUAAUGUUAACUUCUAUGUUGUUUCUUGCUGGUAUGUACGUGUACAUUUCUAUCACUCACAUUAAUCACAUUCCCUUAGUGUACAAUUUAAGUAAAUCGAGAAAUUGUUUUUAAACAAUUCAGACCUGAUUCUUGAUGUUUAAACUUAAAUUUCUCAAACGGAAAAUAUGAAAAGCAACUUUCAUCCGAACUGCAUGGCUACAUCUUUUAUUUGGAUUCACCUAUCAUGGAUUUCCUGGUGUAGUACUAACCAGCUAUAAGUGCAUGGUGUAGCGGCAGGCGUAUAAUGUAAUAGUAGAGAGUCUAGCCAUACAGGACGAGUACUUUCUGUUUCCUUAUAAUCGAUGAAUGAUAUUCGUCUUUUCGUUGACGACCUUUGCUUGUUAAUUCUUUCCCUUACAACCGGCAACUUAAUAUUCCUCUAGAAAAAAAUUUCCGUCUGACUUUAACUCAGCCUGCUUACGUCUAAAUCCCUUAUGGACAAUAGAAAUGAAAAGUCUGAGAGACGAAAAUUCGAGGGAGUCAUCACAGUUUUUCACCAGAUGAGGUUAAAGCAAUUAGGGCCGUCCACAACUUCCUUUUAAAAGAAUUCUGCGCCAUAUUUUCUGUAAACAAAGCAACUUUGGAAUUCACCUUUAUUUAGCAAGCUAUUUGCACUUAACCAGAGACGCUCUUUUCAGAGGCUCUAACGUAACACAACAUUUAAUUUUAAUGUGUUAACGUUGCCGGGUACACAGCCUUCAUCAGGGAAUGUGCUAGCCUCCAUUUAUUGUGUAGAAGUCUCUAGAACCUUGUAGUUAAGAAUGGCUAGAACAAAAGAACAAUACCACAGAGGUUAUCAUAACCUGGUAUUGUGCCCGCCUGUUUAAAUACUCUGAAGAAUAGGUACGAUGAUUUUCAAGUUACUGAUUAACUUGAAAAUUAUCCUGCGCAUUUUUUAGAGUAUUUAAACAGGAUCUUUAAUAUAAAUAACUUAGUUUUAAUUUGAUCCAAGCUCAGAAAGCGCAAUUUCUUUUUCAAAUUCCUUAGAACUACAAAAAGCAAAUGGUACAGCUUCGUAUACAGGUAAAAACAGCUUCCAUCGUUGGUCUGAUGCGGUGACGAAUUGUAAAAGAAAUGGUGGCGGAUUCCUCGCCAAAAUCAAAAGCUCAGCUGAACUUCAAAAGGCAAGAACUGCAUUCUUACAAUACCAAGACCCAAAGGAAUACUGGAUCGGUAUCAAAUAUGAUACAACGAAAGGUGACUUUGUUUGGGGUGAUGGAACUUUAGUGACCGCAACUACAGCCUUUGAAACAAUUGUCAACAGAGUUGAACAACAAUCGGACACUGAUAAACGGUGCUUGUAUCUUAGUACAGAAGAUGUACUAGUAGCAGCUGAUUGUGAAGCACAUAAAAAGUAUAUUUGUCAAGUUGGUGAAACAGCGGAUCCAGUUGAAACAAGUGAGUUAUUAAGCUCACAAAGUUAUAAUCGGCCAUUCUAAUCUUUUCCUCUAUUGGUUGUCUUCGGUCUUUUUUGUGUUCCUUUUGUUUUCUUUUGGUUAUGUAUUAUGCUUUUUUUUUUUUUUCAUGUUUUUGCUUUGUUAUUUUUGUUUUUGUCUGCUGUUUGUGUUUUGCUGUUUUUGUAGUUUUCUCUCACAUUAAAUUGUAUUUUACAAUCUCCUUUAGGUCAACCGCCCAAAAAGACCAAAAGCAAAAUCAAAAACAAGACCAAAACAAAAUUUCAGAGAUCUCGACAUAGGUUCUAUAAACCUGAAAGUACAUCUUUAGAGAUGGACGUACAGCCGUUCACCAAUUCCCUGACACUAUGCUAUCAAUUAUGCUAUCAGGCUAAUUAAAAGUGGAAUUAGCUCUAUGGGCUACAUUAAGGUUAAUAAAGGUUUAUUUUAGCAAUAAUUUUGUAAGAUCUCGAAGAAGCAUGACAAUUUGAUUACUGAAAUAUUGUCGAAUUACUGAGUCUCUACAAAGGCUAUCGGAACUUCUGCAAUUUUGACAUCGUUGUUUAUUUCUAUGUUUAUUUGUUUAUUGUGUAUUUGUUUACUGAUAACCACUUCAGCUCAUCAAACAAUGUACAGGCGACAUCAAAGUCAAUGUUGUCUGUCAUAUUAUUAUCGACAGCAGCGGCAACCACAGCAGUUCCAAAAACCACAACAGCAGCAAAACCAACAACAACGACGACGAUACCGACAACGACAACAAAUACAAAGGCAAGAAUUGGAUCCUCUUUACCUCUGACUUCCAUGUCGGCGUUAUUACCUGUUUCAUCACGUUCGGUUUCUCUAACACCAUUGCUGCAAAGUACAUAUUUAUCUGUCUCAUCAACGAACCUGCUGUCAUCGAGUUUGGCCCUUACACCUUCAAAGACCCUCCCUACUAUCACCGCUAUUACCGCUUCUCACACACCAAGUUUGGUAAAGCUGCUAUUUUUUUAUUAGUUGACUCCUCUACCCAUUCCCUAUCAAAAUUAGUCUGCUAGUGUCGAUGAGUGACAAAAUGCGAGGGUAUCAGCACUUUAUCGAGGAAAAAGUGUCAAACCUUCGUGUAAUUCUGUCCGCCUAGUUACCAAGAAAACUCGAGGCAUUCCCAUUGCAUUUGGUUUACACGCGAAAGAAAAUAAGACUUGUAAAUACCCCUCUUACCUUCUUUUGCCGCCACAGUAGCUAGUAAAGUAUUAUACAAUUUGUUAAAAUUGCAGGUUGAGGAAUAUGCCAAUGAAAUAGAACAGCUCAACGCUAAUGAGCCUUCGUCUCUAGAGGUAAUUUACGAAUGGAAAACAGGCUCACAAAUGGAUGUAGAAUUAUACAUAUUUGCUUUACUAAGCUUACGAACUACAGCUAUGUUUCGUUUAUACAAUAGUAAAUUUGCACAUUGGUUCACGGGAGGUUGAUGAUUUCAAACUGUCUUUCAUUUCUCGUGAGUUGGCCUGUUACUUCCAUGGUGUACGUAUCAAAAGGGGCAUUUCCUAGAAUUUGAAAGGCAAAGCGGUUGGCUACCGAGCUGACAGUCAAGACCGAUAACCACCAGCAUGAAUUUGACCUAGGUAUUCCCAUCAAAUAUGAAGAAAAAUGGCGCUGGAUACUAUACUUGAUACUGGAUUUUACUCACAAAAAUUUGUCAAAAAUAUAGUAGUUAUUAUAAAUGCCUUUUUACAGUAAACUUUGCCUUUUCCUAUUUUUAUUUCUUGCAGAAUGCUGUAAAUCUCACCUCUACGCUUGUUAGAAAGGCAAGCACUGCAGACAGCAACGUCAAUAUUCUUGUUAGCUUUGAGAAACUGGAAGUCUUUGCUAUGAAUUAUGCUAGUCUUCACUUGACGCCCCAAAAUGGUUCUGAGAGAGAAAUUUCUAUUGAGCAGAAAGAAUUAGGUAUCGCUCUUUUCGUUACUAUUUUACAAAUUGUAGUUGCUAUUUCUGUUUGUUUCCUUGUUUGUUUGUUUGUGUUUUAAUCUUUUCGGACACCAGUGGUCUUGAUUUCAUGUUUGUUUCUUUACUGGGCAUGGUUGACUGGCUGCUAUCACUUAUCUGCCAAGAUUACGACCGAAGCUCGAAAAUGAUUUGAUGUCUCUUACCUUUGUUAUUUAUUUGUUUCUUUGUUUACUAUUCUUACUGAAGGUAUGUCAGUGAUGAGAGUUUCUGCUGAUCACAAAAGUGGUGUCGUAUUCCCGUCCCAUGCUAAUACUUUUAACGAGAGCUUCAUUCAAGAAGAGAAGGGAGCCAUUACGCUUUCUGCUAGCAUGUUUAAUCAAGGUAUAAAAAAAAUAUCUUGUAUUCACAUUUUUUUGUAAUGUAAAUGUAUUUUUCGAUUUGCUUAGUAAAUGUAUACUCUUUUUUCUUAAUGAGAAUUGAAGCCCAACAUGUACGAAACAUUUCCAUACACUGCACAUUUACAUUUCUACGAUUUACAUCUCAUCCUUAGUCAUUCUUUAAGCACACGCAUCAUGACCUCUACAUGAUAUAUCUCAACCAAAAUCAUAAAUAGCGACUUCACUGACACUUGACAAGAAGUCCUUUUGCCCUACUGUUUGGCUUUAACUCUCCAGUCAUGCAUCUUUUAACUUAGACGAUGACAGUUGUAUCGUUUAUGGCAAUCUAUCGCAAUAUUUCUCUUUACCUUAGACCGAUACGUUGUCUGUGCGUUGUACAAAAACGCCGCCGACUUAAUGCCUGAAGGAGCAAAUAAUGUCAAUAACAGGUUUGUAUGCGUGUGUCAACAGGUUUUUUUUUCGUUUUUCGUUUUUCCUUUUGCCCUUCGAAAAUCCGCGUGAGUGAGUCAAAUUUAAAGGUUCUUAUAAAUGGGUCAAACGUUUCAUUAAAAGAGACUGGAAGCUACUUUUUCUCUCACUUUAGAAAGAAGUCCACCAUACGCACUCGGAUCAUAUCAUGUACAGUAAAACCAGAGGUUCGAGGCAACUUUGAAGAGGACGUCGUAAUUAACCUUACUAACACCAAGGUAAAUGUUUGAAGAAUUUUCUCGCGAUAAGGUGAAUUAUCUUGCAACAUUGUUUAAUAUUUCAUGUAUUAAUACAAGUAGAUAAGGCAUCCUUAAAGUGUUAUAUAUGCGAAUUUUCCUCAGGAUAACUUAACAGCCACGCAGACGAGCUGUGUAUUUUGGAAUUUUUCGAUAAGGUAUGAAGGCUUAGUUUAGAUGACGAACUACAAUCAUUGAAUGAUACUCUCUAAAAAAGGCCCCAGCAUCAAGAAAGGAAUUAAAAUCGAUUAAACAUAGAUACAUCAGUCAACUAACCAUUAGCCACUAUAGAGGAAACAAAAAAUAUCGUCUAGUAAAGUAUUUCAUCAUCGUCAACUCUAUUAUCGUUGUUACUUUUAAUAUUAUUACCAUUGCCAUUGCCACCAUGGUUAUUUUUGUGUAUGUGAUAAGGUAAUUUAUGUACAUAAUUUGAAUGGUUCUUAUGUGGGGUCUAUUAGGGAACAGACGCAUAGAUGACGUCACCCCUAACAGCGUUAAGACUAAUGUGCCACUUUCUUGUUCGUACUACGUGUUGACGUCAUCUAUGAUCUAUUACUGAGCACAUGCACGACAACAUGGGAUCUAUUUAUUGAUGUUAUUAUUGUUUAUGCUAUUACUAUUACUAUUAUUAUCAUCGUUAUUAUAUUUUAUUAUUAUUGAUAUCAUUGAUAUUAUCAUUAUCCUUUAGCACAAAGUUUGACGGUGCUUGGUCCCAAAAGGGUUGUAAACUGGUUCAGGAAACCAAAGAGCGGACUACCUGCAGUUGUAAUCAUCUGACGAAUUUCGCUGUCUUAAUGGAAGUGGGUGAGACAAAGGUUUGGCCUUUCAACUUUCUUUUCUCAAAUUUUUCAGCAUAUGGUUUAACUUAGCUUCUUACAAAAAUGCAGAGGAUGCGGUUUUCUCUUCCUGGCGUAACGGGAUCAAGAGAAGAAGAGAAGAACACAACAACGAAAACCGCAACCACAACCACCACAUAUAGCCAAAUAAAAAAAAAUUGCAAAGUGCAUUCGUUCAGUUCAUAUUUAUCUCUUUAUUCCCAAGAUCUAAUAGUUUAUUUCCCCCUCUAAGUGCUACACAUUUUCUCGUCAAUUGGUUUCGCGAAUUUGGUGUUAGAUCCAAAUAACAACUUUUACCUGAUGAGUUUGAGUACUCUCAUUAAGUUUUUGCGGGACAAUGCAUGCACAUUGUAAGGACAAUUUUCAUGUUCAACACCUCUGGGAGUUAAAGGGUUGAGAGGUUUUGGAGUCCUGUAAAGCAUGCUUACCUCUGAUUUAACGAAGUUAAGGAGUACAUAAUUUUCAUUCUCUCAUCUAGAUCUCUGACGAUCACAAAUUUGCACUAACGUUGGUGACCUACAUUGGACUUUCACUGUCUUUGAUUGGCGAGACUAUCACCAUUUUGGUCUAUUUAGUUCUUAUGUAAGUGCAAAUAGCUUCCAUUUCUUGUAUGCGUUAUCGUGUAUUUCACCUUGCUUCUUCUCUAUGUAUAAAGUUAGUUUACUUAUCAACACUGUGUGGAACUCUGCAAAGAUUCAAAUUUACCUUUAUGGUCCAAUUAUGCUAACACCAGAUGAUUCUGCUUACUUCCAAGGAAUCUGAAAUCCUCUCAGUCCCAUAUCCGGUUGAAUUUGGUAAUGUGCCUGGUUAUCGCCCAGUUAGUUUUUAUGGCUGGUAUCCAAGCCACUCAAAUGAAGGUAACGUUGGUAUGAAAACCUAAUGCAAACGUAUACGCAAACUUGAUGAGGUGCAGUGUAGCUGACAGAGUUAGUCAACCAGCAGAGUCCCGCCAUUCGCUCAAUUAAUUAUAUGCAAAACGGAAUCUAGCGACUUGAUCACUCGUGGUUCCUCGAGCUUCAGGCCGUUUUGUUUUGAUUUGAUUUGCCGCUCUAUAUUAAAUUACUUUUUUUUAUUUUCCCUCUAGACGUUGUGCGCGAUUGUCGCGAUAACAAUAAAUUACUUCUACCUUGUUGCUUUCGCUUGGAUGGUUACGGAAGGAGUCAUGCUCUAUUUAAAAGUUGUCAAAGUCUUCAAUGUUGACACAAGUACAAAGAUCUUCUAUGCCCUCGCUUGGGGUAAAAAGAAUCUCAUUAUAUCAAAGAAGAGACUUCUUUUUAGUGACCUCUUUCGGUUGAACGUUUUCUUCUCCUCUGAAAUCCGUCUCAAACACUAAUGUUACUACAAGUACAAAGUUCUUCUAUGCCCCCCCCAUUGGGGUAAAAGAAUCUCUUUCGAUCACUGACGAGACUUCGUUCUGAUGAACUCUUUCGAAGAAUUAGAUUGGACGAUUUCUCGUCGCGUGAAAUCAGUCUUGAACACUAAAUAUGACCAAAUAAAAACAAUAAAAUCAACCUGGUUCAUAUCUUUUCUCGUAUUUUGGGAUUAAAACCUCUCUUCCUGGACAUCUCCGUGCAGAGGUCACCUCAAUUCAAGGAUACAACCCUGAAAUAAUCUUUUUAUCUGGCAUUGGUGGGAUAAUCCUAUAAUCCCUGUUCCUGUUAGGAAAACCUCUAUUCAUAGGUCAUUGUACAUAUUCCCAGGAUUUUCCCCAAAUGAAGAUUCCGCUCGAAAUUGCAACAAGGUUGUGAUGAGGUUAUUCAAAACGGUGAAGUACACUUUUGAGUAUUAUCUUUUGUCUAAUAGCAUGAACUCAUGAUUAUAUGAUUCAGAUAUCUGUAAUGUUUAGCCUGAAACAAACACCAGGCUGUAUCCUAUUUUUUUUUUCUCCGAAGGUGUUCCAACGUUGGUGGUAGCUAGUGCACUUGGUAUAACUGUUAUCCUCGAUGGAAGCACGGAUAACAGUAUGCGUGAUGACGUGUGAGUAGUACAAAAUGAUCUGUUGACGUAGUUAAGCCUCUUCUGCAUGUUGAUGUCGUAACUAUUGUAGUUGUUUCUGUGUUCAUGUAUCCUUUUGUUUUACUCACAAUUUACAUGCGUUGGUAAGGUUGUAAGCGUGACUGUAUUGCAUGAACCUUAAUAGUGCAAGUGCUUAGCUUAGUUUCUCUGGGUAGCAUGUAGGGAUUAGGAGUGUCUAUACUAUUAAUGCUUCUGGAAAGAGAGAGAUCCUGUGUCGUGCCUAAGAUCACAACAAAAUAACUGGACGAAGAAAGAUCGAAGUGUUUUUACGUUCAAUCGAAUCUUUCGUGUAUUUUGCAGCUGUUGGUUUGCAUUUUCUUCUGGUUUCAUGUGGGCUUUUGUUGGAUCGGUACUUCUUGCAUGUUUGGUAAGUAAAAUAUGCACUGUGUCUAUUAGAAUUCAUUCAUUAACAGUAAAAGGUUGAACCUUGAUCUUCUGAUCGUCUCAUUCAAAUGAUGAACGCCAUGAUGGAUUUAUUUGAAUGGCCACAAACUAGGGUUUUACUAGAUUAAAAACCCGCAGAGUCAAAAGAGGAACCCAGUGCGUGCUACGUAGCUUCCACACCAUCUUUUUUUCUUUAAGCACAUGUACCCACUACAAUAAAGUAAAAGAGGUAAGUUUCUAGAGAAUCUGUGGUGCCGCGUCAGUGACGUGGGGGUUAUUGCAAGUAUUUUAUUUCAUCAACUUAGUUUAUAAAGUGUAUGGCCACCAUCAAGGGAAUCUAAAGCUGACGUUUGACCGUUAGCCCUUACACUCGAAACCAGUGAUAAACAAAAAAAUCGAAAUCAGUAAUAUACGGAAACUGACAUUGUCUCUCUUUGAAAUGUUUUUUUUUUAAGAUAAACUUAGUCCUCCUAAUACGGAUCAUAGUGGAGAUCACGAGGCUAAAGGACGUAUCUGGGGUCUCAGAGACUCAUUCAUGCAGGUACAACUCGCUCUAGCAGAGUUUUGUGUAGUAUCAUCGUGUACUCUUUCAAGUUUUCAGUGUGCUUGUGUGUGUUGGCCGAAGCAUACAUUUACAUUUUCUCUUUUAGCUUUUUAUCGUAUGUUUUCAGUGGUAUCUAUUGUUUGAUAUCAAUAAACAAUAAAAUCGUUUUAAGGCACUUGUUUUAUAAGAUGUGGCUUGUUUUUUUGAAAUUUACUUUGUUACCUUUCGGUGUUGGACUUGCCGAAUUAACAAAUAUAUCCCACGAUGCCGUGUGCUUGUUCAGUAAUAAUUCACAGAUGAAGUCUAAAAGUGGUAAGAACAAAAACAUUGGCACACGAGGCGCAGCCGGAUGUGCAACAGGUGUUCUUACAACAGUUUUUUUACAAUCUGUUAUUUUACAGACCCGGCACCCCGACAUAAAAUAUAUUUGUUUUGUAUGAUCAAAAAAGGAAAGAGUUGUUUGUCCUUAACAGAUCGUAAGGAAGAACCAGUAAAAAAUCAUAUAUCUUUCAACUUAUCACAUAAUUGAUAUCAGGUAUUAGCUGCUGUUGUUGUUUAUUUCGAUUGACACAAUUCGAUCCUUGUUUUGCUUACAGGAAAAGUCUAAAGGCCUGUGUCGUUCUAUUCCCAUUGCUCGGCCUCACAUGGAUUUUCGGGAUUCUGACCGUCACAGACGCUGGGCUGGUCUUCCAAUAUUUGUUUACUAUCUUUAACUCUUUACAAGUGAGUCAAAUGUCCAGCAUGUGUAAGGCAUUGUCACCAAGACUAGAAAUUGUAAGCGUUUCAGCCGUCAAUUUCUCGAUAGGCAGGAUUAUGGCUAAGAGGUGUCGGUCACGAGUAUCUUCAAUAUAAUUUUUUAAGAGGUUUCGUGAAGGAUUAGGAAGAAACCGGAGUAAUUUAAGUGUUUAGAAGUGACGAGUUGACAGGAGUAAAGGUUCUUAUUAAUGGCAGUGCACAGAAAACGAUCCCCCGAGACUGCAAACCCUGACCUGUCGAUAAAAGUCGAGUUCCUUGAGCAAAAUUACAUCCACAGGAUUACAGAACUAUUUUCUUCGACAGACUUGUGGUGUUACUCUUGAUGACUAAAUAUAGUAGCAGCAGCACUUAAUUUAGACCUAUCGAGGAAAUUGCUCCACGCUACCGAAGCUAAUAUCGCGUUUUCCUUAGCCUGAGCGCGGCUUUGAGUAUCGAUACUCCUCUAGUGUGAAGUGCCUACUUCAUCGCAUUAACCCCUAGGUGCAUUCCAGUGUAGGGUUGAGAGUGACUUGUGAGAGACAAUGCGGAGCACAGCUUAAAAACCCGGCUAAGGUUCCUCGAUUCCUUGAACUAAACAACAGACAGGCGCAUGCGUUUCUAACCUUAGUAAUGUUUUUCUUGCCAUUGACAGGGUUUGUUCAUCUUCCUGUUUCAUGUUGUGCGAAGUAAAGAAAUCCGAGCCGCCUUAGAGACAAAAAGGCAAAGAUGGGAAAUAUCGAGAAGUGUAUCCAUGGCUGCAAAUGAAAAAUCAACGCUCGGCACAAGAAGAUCGAAUGCAGCGAAGGAAAAACGACUUUUUACGCUCGUGAACAAGAUUCGUCCUGAGACACAAGAGAGUAUCAGUACUUCAUUUACCACUGUUUUAUAAGUUGUGAUUAUUGUAUAUUGCUCAAAGCAAUAUCACUAGACCAAAAAAUAGGUUUGGAAAUCUAGAUCUUACCCAACUUUACCCAUAAUUUUUAAACUGAUUUCUUGCAGUUCACACACCAGUCUGCUUAGCCAUCCUCGUUCCUUUCCAAUUUUACCUCGAGCUCCUUAUUUUUAAUAUUAUAUUAUCUUGAAUACUUUAAAAGAAAUAUAAAGAUUUAAGUACAGUGGUUUCCUUAACACUUUCACGCGCAACAUCGAUAUACAAUUUCCCUGCAUUUUUUGCAAUAAUUUGUCAUAAUUUUUCGCUCUGAGAAUUUUGUUGUCGUCAAACAAUAUCCCCCAACUGGUAUUUAUCUUAUUACUCAUCAUAUAUCUGUUUGAAAAUGUAUUCAUACCGUCGGGAGAAUUUUCUUUUUGAUAAAUCCUGGGAUAGUGUUUAAGGUGUUUUCAAUCUGUAAAGCAAGUAUCUUUAAACUUAAACUCUCCGAGAACCUAAAUCAUCAGGGCUGAUAGCAGACAGAACCGCCGAAUCAAGGCAAUCAAGAAAUGACUUUUUGACAUUUGUUAAACUAUUCAUUGGGUGGAGUGAUCAGGUUUAAAACAGUUUGAUCAUUGAAAGUGAGUUAAAUAAAUGUGAAUUUAGGAUUGACGCUCGGCAUGGUUCAUUUUAAAGCAAGUCAUAUCAUGAAAUCAUAUUCUUUGCUGUUUGUUCCGCUGUUUUCUCUCGCGAUCACGAGCGCAGUGUAUAUGUUGAGAAAUAAAACUAAAAAAUGAUAUUUGGAAAGUUCGCUGUAAGAGCAGUUACUAAAUUUUCCAAUACAUUUCUUUUAAUAUAUUAGCGAUAUGCAGUACUUUGACUAAAACGAAGGACACGCAUGCCCCUAAGAACUUAGCGUACGUGUACGACAUAUGUUAGCCCGCUUAUCCUCUUUCAAUUUUUUUUUUUUGACCUCUGUCGGUUUUUGACAAGAAAACUUUUUAUCAAAGGGAAAGUUACCCGACAGUUUAUAUUGUUCUUAAAUCGGAGGUUAAAAUAGUUUGUUGUGAGGAAACUAGUCAUUCUCCUCCUUGAAAUUGUCGAUUUUAAUUUGAUACCGUAGUGCACGGUUUUUUAUCAUAAUAAGUCAUCUUUGUUACUCAAAACCCAUUUCCUUAGGGGUCGGCAUAUUGAUAUAUUUUGCAUUGAAUGAUGUCCAUAGGGAAAUACGUUUACACCUCCAGUUCUUCUGAUAUAACCUGAUUGUAUUAGGUAACAAAAAUUUACCUUCAAACUGAAAUAGGUCAGAGACUUAAAUCGUUAUGUAAAGAAAAAUCAAACUUUCUUCUGUUGCGGCAGUAUGUUUUAGGGGAGAAAAAAUUUAUAAACGUGACGCAAUAGCUGCCAAGACAUACGUUAAACCAUAUUUUUUUUCCUCGUUGUCAGAGUUUGCAAAACAUUAAAUUUUAUGCCGUAUGAGCAUAAAAGCCGAGUCAUCGAACUGCGUCAACAAGUGCUCGGGUGACAUUAUCAAACUAUCUUUAUCAACCACAUUGCCUCCCACAGGAAAUGCUACAAAAUAUCAAUGAUGAUGUCAAUCGAUUAAAACAGCACGUUUUAAACUUGUAUGUAGGGUAAAAGUCUACCAGAGCCUGGGUUUCCCUCCCAACAAGAUGAUGUGGUGUCAUUCAGUUAAAUUUACCUAGUAAAGUAGAAUAAUCUCUAUCUCUUGAAUACACCGAAAGGAUAAAACCCUUCUUAAUAAAUGAUCAGAACUGAAAGAGAAUGAAACGCGGAACUCGGCGUUUGCAAGUUUCCUAAAAUUGCGAGUUUUUAUUAUGUGCAUGACUUUUUUGAAAGCUCUUCUUACUAAAGCUUUUCUUCAUAAUCAUUAACUCGUAUCAUUUUUCACCACCACUAAUAAUUUCUUUAAAAAAUUUCGUUUUGUAUUAUUUGUGUAAUGGAUUUAAUUAUUUAUGUCGUUUACACGCAUUCGUAUUUUGAACGAGUUAAAGCUCCAGAAGGAUAUGUAUUUAGAUAAAAAAUUGUAUCCGUUCUGCAUCGUAAAACUCAAGUUAAACCGAUUUCUGUUGCUCUGAGCAUGACUUCACAAUGUUGUCGCGAAACCAGCAUAUGAAUGAGUGCGCUAUUUUUUUCAGUUUACACCAUGGAGUAAGAAUCACAUGUACAGUAGCUAGAUUGUGAAAUGACGCUGUACUUUAAUAACUGAGUCGUCGGGAUGCGAUCAUAAAAAUGAUUACGGGCUAAUUAUUCUCUUGGUUCACAAACACUUUUUAUUUUGUCUUUCUUAUUUCCUAGUAUGCAUUGUUUCCAUAUUUAUCAUUUUUCAACGAGCCAUCUGUUGAAAAGCUUAAAAUGACUUUUGCAGGCUUUAGAACACUGUGCACUGCGUUGGUGCUUUCUGAGCGUGGGUUAUAUACCAAACAUGCAAAAUUAUAACUCGGAAUGCUGUUUCCUUGUUCUUACUUGUCGAAAUAUAAACAACAAGUCGGCCCACACAAAUGCAAUUAAAAUUAAUACUGAUGUCAUUGUUCUUCUGCUCACUUGGCAGCUUUGAGGUUUAGAUCGAUGGUGUGUAGGAUUUCCAAGAGAUGCUGCUAAUCAAUGAGAUCGACCGAAACCAGGUCGACAACUUACGAACCGGCCAAACAUUUCGUUAACAGUGCUAUCGAUCAAAGUAUCAUUACAGUCCAACAAAGGACCUGUUUUUCUGUUCAAAUCUGACAGAAACUUGCUCAAACGCACAACGCGAACUUCCUAAUACACGAGUGCACUGUGAAUACGGUUCAACGAGAAUAAGCGGAAGUCACGUUGUAACCUGCGGAUACUCAUACAAGAUGCCGCUGAUAUGUCAUGGGCUCAUCUGGUUUAAGACGAUGAUAUAUAUUGCUUUACUUCCGAAAAUCAUUUCCGUACGAUUUCAAUCUCCGACAAUGGCGUCCGAUCCGAAACGCUAGAGAUACAGCGUAGCUAAGGCUUUAAAGACGAUUUUAAACGAUGGAAGUGAGCGUGGUGGUAUGUCUGGUGGUGAGGAAUCCGAAUUAGACAGAAAACUGGAAAAUCCUAGCGAAGAAUCGAGGUAAGUAAACUGUACAGUCUUGCGAUAUUUAAAUGCGUGACGCAUGUGGUGUUGAAACAGUGUAAAAUUACAUUUACUUUUACUUUUCGCGCACAAAUCCUUGUUUCUUGCCUUGAGACAAACCUGUUAAUAUAAAUUUUUGAAUGUAAAGUAAUAUAUAUUGUGAUCAAACACGAUUUGAAGCGACGUAGUAAAUAAUGUUCAAUGGAAUUUUAGAACGCAACGGCUCAAAUUAUCAGCCGAUGACAGAUCGAAUGACGCAGAGUGCGUCCGAACUAAAUCAAAUAAAAUCUUUUAUGGAAUAAAUACAUGGAGUUUUAAAGGCAAAAUAUAUUUUUCUGCAAAGCUUAUUUUGUCCUCUUUCCAAUGAGAUAUAGUACUACUCACUAGUCUAAAUACUAUUGACCAAAAAAAAUAAAUAAAAGAAAAAAGGUUGUCAUCACUUGCCAUUUUUUUUAUGUCUAUUACAAAGAGUUAAUUUAUGUAUGCGUUUAAAUAAGACCAGUUUCCUCGUUAGUUCAACCGACGGAUGGAAGAUGAAUCAAGCGGGACAGGAUUCAACUCGGUUGCGUUUUCAAAUGUUACUGACUUUGCUAGUUCAUUUCUUUCAAGGUAAGAGCUUCUUUUCAGUGAUAUUGUGCUAUGCUUUUCUAUUUUAAUUGAAGACGGAGAGGAUAUAUGGUUAUUAUUAAUUCAACACUGAAAGGCAAUCAAGCGACAUGCUUUUCUUACAACGAACACGAAAUUUUAGACAACGUGUAAAUACAGCAAAAGAACAUUUUUUAUAUAAAAACUUCGUAUUUUUAGACCAAUUUCAUUUAUUUUCUCUUUCUUUUCCUGCUAUUUAAAGCAAGUCUCUGUCACUGGUUAAUAUUUUUUGAUUGUUAAAUAUAACCCUCUAGUGAACUGUUUGUUUUGACAUGGAUGGUCCUUUAGCGCUAGUAUUUGUUAUUCAGGAAAUAUCAAGUGCCUUCAAAACUUGAUCCGUAGAAAAAUCUUAAAUUAUAGACGUUGGAAAUGAUCGUAGUAACAAAGCUCUCCUCGAAACUCCAGAAGGUUUACAGCAUCACUAUCAUCUUCAAGCUAUUUUACCGCUCUAAAUCAGAUCUACUUUCGUUAUCUUAUCAUAUGCUAUUUAACUUUAGCGAAAUCCCAUUAGUUAAGGACCCGCUUCACUUUAUAAUCUUACUCCAAACCUAAUCGCAGUUUAUCUUGGAUUCGUCUGUUUUGAACAGUAAAUAUCACAAUAAGCAUAUCAAUUCAAUGUUUCUCGUUAUUGCAUAAGGAACUUAAAAUUGACUGUCUGUGAUCAAGAGUUAAUGUUAUUUUUCCAUAAUAUGCCAGUUCCUUUAGCGUAAAAUUCUAAGUAAGAAACAGUUGUUGUCAUGUAGUUUUAGUAUAGGGUCCUAAAAAACGCAAAAAAAAAACGGAAAUAAACGCUCGAUAAAAAUGCUAUUUAUCUAUUUAGGAGUGCAUACAGUGUUUGCAGAAGAUACCCGCCAUGCCUACGUCUACACAAUAAGACAUCACGCAAAUUAUGCUUCCUAUAAUUAUGUCAUAGGCGGCGUUAAAUCGGGGAAGAUGUAUUAUGUGAAAUAAAUCUUAAAUUUGCGGGCUCUUUUGUUACGAUAAAUCUCGCAUUUGAUAGCAAUGAAUAAAUGAUUAACACUAUUUUUCUGUUGCAUUAGGAGAAAAAUAUUCUAUUUAGUGGGUAGACGGAAAGAGUGGAACUGGUCUUGAAUAGGAAGGGUAAUUUGCAUGCUAUUUGAUUUCAUUUAAAAUGAACCAAGCAUAAUUUUGGAUUUGGUUUUGCAGCGGAUUUCUGCAUUCAUAAAGGCACGGUAUCUAAAAUAGAUGAUGAUUAAUAAAUUGUACAGGAAAUCUGCCUUUUGAUGCACGAGUGCGUACAUGAAUUGCAUUGAUUUUACUCUAAGAAGAGGAUGCCAGCAGGGUAUAGUGUAGUUAAUAGAUGUAAUCUACAAUGUAAAGAUUGUUCUGCACAGUUUAAUGCAAAAUUUAAGAGGUUUUUUAGGCUUCUGCGAAAUAACGAUCUUUCAUUUGAUUGUCGGGGGAUUGAACUGAUUUUGUAGUUCUUCAACGACAGAGUAAUAAACGCAGUCAGAUAUUUUGAUACAAUUUGUGGUAUCUUGUCAAUCUGUUUGUGUUGUUUUGUUUUGUUUUUUUACUUUUGACAUCUGAGAUGGUGAAAUUGUGAAAUCGUGAAAUAUAUUGAAUCAAUUGUAAAUUUUCCCAAUUAUAAAAACCCUGACUUCAAAAUACAUUACCAUUUGUAAAGGCAAAGCUUAAAAAAAAUAAAAAUUUUCAUCACUUUUCAGAAACUCACUCCUCUUAUGUGGUCUACGAAUCAGUUGAUAUACCUAAAGUUACUUGGAAUGCAGCAGUUAUUGACUCUACCCUGGCAAGAAUUUCCAGUAUAGAACAGCUUUGUGACGUGCAACCCGACUUAUCUCUCGAUUCUGCUUACUGGACUGCUCUAAAACUCAAUAGCAAUGGUUCGUUUCAAUGGGGGCGUGUACCUUAUAUCUCAGCUCAGGUACCCUUAGAACUCCUGGAUAACACAACAUCAUUGGACCGCUGUUAUGCCAUAAGUAACUCUGCGAUGAAGCUGAAGUCGAUGGAUUGCAGCGUUAGACUUCCUGUUGUAGUCUCCUAUAUCGGUGAGGUCUACCAAUCUUUAUCAAUAUUUACAUGGCUUCGAUAACAUUUGCCUAAAUAUCAACGUGUCGCUUCGUAGCUCAGCAAUUAUGUCAUACUUCCGUAAUGUAAUUUCUUUUAAACGCAGCUUUCUUACGAAGAUUUUCUUCUGUACCAGUUAAUCAUUAAUGUUAAGAAUUACAGUCAGCUCAUUCCAAAACCCCAAAAGAAACCUUGACAUAACAUUAUUGUCAAUUUGGACUCGCUAAAUUACCAUAAAAAGUAGCUGGUCUACACGUCUUUAUUAAUCUGUAAAUGAAUUACGAAGACAACUUUGCGUUCGUUUUCACCACUCUUUUAUCAACUAACGUAUUGAAAACUGUGAAAAAAAACCCUGCGUGUUAUUCACUUCUGGGAGCUCAAGGGUUACACCGAGGUGUAGCAAACAAAACUGAACCCAUUGCUAAUCAUUCAUUUUUCUUUAACAGUUCCAGGUGAUUUCGAUCCGAAUGGUAUUAUGCCUAAUUAUACAGAUGAUUGCCGCCAACAUCUGGUAAAUAAAGAUCAUGGUUUAUUCAGUGGCUUUGUGUAUUCGCGAACAAAUUAAGAUUUACCAAUAUUAUGCGUUAAAUUCAUAAGUUGACUCCAAUCAAACGUUUUCUUUUUCAUGCAGCUUUCAAAGUGCUCACGAAGUAAAGGAACUCGUUCAAAAUUGCAGGUAAAAUACAUUCAUACACUUUAAAAAAAAAAGUAUUCUUACUCCCAACCAAAUAAAGCAUCAUCUGUGAUUUCAAUUUAAGCAAACUAUUCCUAUUCAGCUGGUUGUACUUAGCAAAAUUAACCCUUUAACUGUUCAUGCUUCUCCUGUUGUAUCAAAGGCGUUACAAUAUUCCUGGUCUUGUGAAGAGCAUAAUAGUACAUUGGUCGGUAGCUGCCAAAUCGAGGACACACUCCUGAACUGCUGUCAAAGCUAUUGUAGAGAAGGGAAUGAUAUUUAUUUCAUAGUUAUGGGAUCAGGUUUGGGUAAGUACUUAUUGUGUCAACAUGGGUAUUAAUUUCUGUAUUAUUGAUAAAAAUGAUAUGGUAUGGUAAAAACAUACGACAUGAAAAGAAAUAGGGAGUCUCCUUCAAUAAACACGUCAGAUUUUAGGUCAACUCAAUGAAAUAUUUUGAAAAUCCUCUGAAUCAUUCGGUCGUUUAAGAUCAAAUUCCGAGACGAUUCCUGCCAAAAUGAAACCCAUUUUUGUCUUGAAAUGGGUUCCAAAACGGUGGCUGUCAAGGUGGCCGCCAUCUUGGAUGACGUCAUGAAUUCUGUAGCGUCAUAGCCCACGAUCAAAAACUUAUUUGGUAAAGUUCGUCGCUCUCUAUGUACUGAUUUUCUGAUUUUUUUCCCCUAAAAUUUCAUAGAUACUAAGUUGAUAAAAGUGCCCAAAAGAAUUUCCACUGAUAUUGAAACGAGUUUUGAUACAAAUAACAACAGCAGUGAAAGCCAAUUGGUCAGGAUUGUUAUCACCCACAAAGUGUUUAAAGACGCAGGUAAAUAUUGUAGUUUCUUCUUAACGCUAACAUUUAUGAUCAGCUGGUGUUUAAAAAAUAGCGAAGUUAUCGUUUGUGUUCCAGUAGGCAAGCUUCUACUCACGUAGUGUUUUUAAUUUUUUUUUUUUUUGCCGUUCUUCAAGGAAGGGUCAUCGCAGUAUUGUUGCACCGGAAGGCAAGUAAUGAAGACAGCCUUUGGACUUAUAACAGAAGCAGGUACGAAAUCAGAUGAACCCAUUAAGUGUAUGUUGAGAGAGCCCUUUCUGGAUUAGUGGAAAAUUACUGUUUGAAUUGUUUGUUCUUCACUAGCGACUCAAGUGAGGGCGUAAAUGGGAAGAGAAGAUUUUGAUAUGAUAAAACUUUACCGGCACCGGUAAACAGUACUUUGUAUUCAGAAACCUCCUUUAAACUUUAAUUUUUCAGUUUGCAACGUCAGGAUAUAUAUUUAUGUAAAAUUAGCUACUGAUGUGAUCGAGCGUUUUUUGAUUGAGUGUCGUAAAACUAAAACCAAAAAUAUCCUUUAGUAACCAAUAAGAACUCAAACUAAAACCAAGAAAACUUCCCAAACUGCGGCAAAACGCAGAGGACAAAAUGAUGAUUCCUGUUAGUUUUGCAUCCGAUUGAUUGAGAGAGGGGUGCAAGUUUUCCGGAAAAAUCUCGACACAAAAUGAAGCAAAAAUAUACAAUCCCUGAUUGGCUAUUUGACACUCAACUGCUCUAAUAAACACACAAUUUUGUUAUCUUAUCUUUGUAGCUACAGAUUGAUCUCUGAUGUCGUGGGAGUUAAGCUUGACCCUCCCCAGAAUGAAACUAUUCAAAAUAAAAUCAUCAUUCAUUUUAGUCACAACGAGGUAAAAUAAACUAUAUUGUUUUUUUGAUGCAAUUAUCGGCUAGAUAAUUAGGAUUGUAAUUGGGCUUAGAUGGAAAAGUAAUAUUCAUUUCGUGGACCAUUUCACAUCAUAACGCCAUUACGCUUCUUUCGCCGGUAGACGGGCAUUGACCCAAAAGCUGUUGAAAGGAAAUGUGUCUUCUGGAUGGAGGAUUUCAGGUGGGUCAUUUUGAUUAUUCCAUCAAUCUGUUGGUAUAUUUAUAUACUUGUUUAUAUUUGGUGCUCGUGAAAGUUCCGGUUUUAAUUUUUCUUUGCCUCUUUCUUUCUUUCUUGUUCAAAUUUUACGAUCAACUGAUUUUUAGCUCGUCGAACGGUUCAUGGUCAACUGAUGGUUGCAUGGUACUGAAUGAUUCUUCGAUGCUGUCGACCGUUUGCAGUUGUAACCACCUCACGAAUUUCGCAGUUCUAAUGCAAUACAAGGACAUUGAGGUGUGAUGUUAUAAACGUUCUUUUCAAUUCUAUUAAUUAGCUUUGUCGGGAACUCAGGAAAAAAAACAUGUGUGUCGCUUAUGCACAACCUCCUAAGGUUGUUUGCAGUUCUCGUGAUUGUGUCUCGAAUUAUUUUUUGGCAUUUUGUAAGCUUAUUGCAUUCUCCCCCUUUAUUCGUUUAUGGACGGACUAAUUAUGGAGCAAGUUCCAUGUUUAACAAAGUCAAAACUUGUAAGUCAUAAUUUCCAAACCAGUUUGUAAUUUUUUAUCUCAUUUCCACCUCUUUCCUUCUUUUCUCGUGAUUCUCAGGAGGAUAACAUUCCACCAGAGCACAGAAGGGCUUUGCUCAUCAUCACCUAUAUCGGUUGCUCCUUGUCCCUCUUUGGGGAAGUAAUGGUUAUCUUCUUCUAUGUGACAUUUAUGUGAGUACUACUAAAAGACAAGAAAGAAAAGAAAAAAAAAUCUUACCUAUACAUGAGAGCAUGGUAAAUCUCUAGAUUCGUAAAUUACUAUCAAAGUGCGAGAAAUAUUAUUUUGCAGAACACGCUAGUUGUGCGGUUUUGUUUUGUUUCUAAAAAAAUUUGUUUUAAGACGAGAUUAGUAAUUGAAGAACCAAAAUGUCUCCUUUUUUUUCGACUGAAGUUGAGGUAUUUUACACAGAAAUACCUACUAAAAUUAACUUUAAACAUAUUUCGUAGUAAUGGAACACAAGCAGAGAACAACCCAACAAUAUAUUACAAACUAUAUAGGCACCUUUCUUCCAUUCCUCCCCAGUAGUGUUUGCUCUAGACCACUGGGUUGUUGCGUGGAAAAAUGUCAUGUCCAUUUCGUUUAUUGAGUACUUUUAAACAGGAAGAUCAGAGCCGAAGGAAUCCAAGUCAGGCUAAAUCUUUGCACAGCUCUGUUUCUUGCUCAACUGGUAUUUUUAUCCGGAAUCGAUGCCACGAGUAAUAAGGUGAGCUAAAAAACGUUUGAAAUCACAUAUUUCUUCGUUCUUCGUAAGCGAGGAACAACGGUGUUCCCAAAAUGGCCUUCUGCUCAAGGUGAUCUCUACUGAGAUAGCAUCCCGUUGUUCCAGUUUCGAAAACCAAUCCUCUCGAAUCUCUCCAGGAUAAAUUGAACAUACCAUACGGCGGUAUAUGUACAACACUGAGAGAGAAUUUCUACUCGAAAUUUCAAGACAUGUUUUCGCUAGAUAUUUGGCUCUCGCUACUUCAGUCUACACUAUUGCGUAUUUACUCGGAGCCUCUAAUUAUCAGCCUACUUCUGGGUCUCACAUUUCAGUCCGUGUGCAUCUUAGUGGCUGUUUUACUCCAUUACUUCUAUCUGGCAGCGUUUGGGUGGAUGCUUCUGGAGGGAGUUUUCCUGUACAUAAUGAUUGUUGAGGUAUUCAACACAGUGGACAUGCGAUACCUCUAUUUCUUUGGCUGGGGUAAGAAAUGUAACAAUAUCAUUGCUACCGUGAUGAAAAUAUUGACGAUGAUAUCUACUUGUAUACCACAAAAUAUCGUACCAAUCGUUAUUAGCUACAAUUGAAAAGAGGGAUAUUACUUGGUAUAGCCCUAGAAAGCGAUGUAUAUUAUACGUGGAAGAGAAUACUGAGACCAGUACAACCGCUGCAACGCAUGAUGGGAACGGGCCUUCUUGUAUUCUGGUUGACCGUAUCUUGGCUGUUGUUGUUGUUUUACUUUUGUUGUUGUUGUUGUUGUUGUUAUUGUUGUUGUUAUUUUUUCGUUGCUAUUGUUUUUGUAGUGCUCCCUGAACCUGUUGACCUGAUUUUUAUAUUUUAGACUCUUGUACGCCUUUGUGUUACUGAGUUAUUGAGCUGCUUCCAUUCUUAUCCUAUAGGUUUCCCUAUCAUACCAAUAGUUAUUUCUCUAAUAAUUGGCUCGAGCGGUGAAAAAGGACUUGAGAGUUACACAAAUGAAAACUUGUAAGUACACAGCGUUUUAUUCUUCAUUAUAACUUUUUAUUUUCAUUAGAUACUGUCUCAUAAGCUGCGUUUUUAAACAGCUCUGUCGUCUGAAUUAACUUUCAGCUGCUGGUUGUCCUUCCAGAAGCGUUUGAGCUGGGCCUUUAUUGUCCCGGUGUUAUUUGUGACAAUUGUAAGUCCACCGUCUCUUUGCUGUCACUGUUAUCUUAGCUGAUAGCCCGAAAUGACAAACACAAAGAAUGGAUAAAUGAAUAAAUGAAAGAGGAAAUCAAUAAAUGACAGAAUUAAUGAAUGCGUGCAUCAUUUUCUGACUGACUGACUAGCUGGCUGGCUGACCGACUUCGUGACACAUCUAUUAUGAUUGCCCUCUAGACAAUUGGUAAAAAUCUUUAUUUUGCUAUUCUCAUUUGUUAAGAUCAACUUUUUAAUACUCAUGGCGGUGUUGCGAGAAAUCAGAAAUCUUCAUGAGCCUAAUCCUUCUGAAAUGAAGACCUUCAGGUAUGUUUUUGUUAGGAAGAUCUCUCCUUGGAGUUUCAGAGGCAAAAUGCCACCCAAUGAUCAUCUUUCCUCAAAAUAUGUCUUCUCUUUUACUUACAGAAAUGAAAUACUAACUUUCUAGCAGAAUUAUGAACUUAUGCUCGUACAGCUCUUUAAUUUACCUAAAUCAAAGGUUAAUCAGCUAGGAGAUAUGUUUGUUGUUGCUGUUGUUGUUUUUUCAUGAAGUCUUAGAUGAAUUAGUUUGACAUGAAAUCGUUUUGCCUUUUUUCCUUGGACCUUCAUGGAUUAUUCGCAAAAGAGAAUCUUUUCCAUUAUUCACUCAUGAUUAAAUAGAUAGUUCGAACGAUUUCUCUUGAUUCCAAUUAAAUAAUUUUCCAUGCGAAAUGUAUAUAGUAUGAUAUAUCUCCAGAAGAAAAUUGUAACGUGAAAGCAGUUUUUCGUUUUAUUCCCUUUUAGAAAAACUCUGAAGUCAUUUCUUAUUUUAAGUCCUCUGCUGGGUUUAACGUGGGUAUUUGGUCUCUUGGCUGUAAUAGACGCAGGAUUGGUGUUCCAGUAUGUUUUUACCAUUCUUAACUCUACGCAGGUCUGUACCAAUUACGUAUACGCACGUCACUUUGGUCAGAUGGGUCUGGGUCUGAGUAUAAGAGGGCUCUGGGAAAACCAUUUUAAUCCCACACUUUAUUUAUCGAUUUGGAUCACGAAGCUUUCUGUUAAGAAAACAGUCUGUUUAUUUCAUCGGAGUUUGAUAAAAUUAAAUUUAUACAAGGAAUUAUAGUUCAAUGACGGAACUUUGUCAAACACAAGAUUUCCUAUUACUUUUGUAGGGUAUGCUCAUAUUUCUCUUGCUCGUGCUGAGAAACAGUGAAGUUCGUGCAGCUUUCCGUCACAAAGUGCUGAAAUGGAGAUUCAACACAUUUCACAGCAGCUCUUCCGGUCGUAGUCAGGCAGAGGUGUAUGCACAGUAAGGUGGCUAGCGGAAACGGCAAAUAGACCCUGAAGAAACUAAAAAGGAGCUGAGUCAUAACACAACAUCAGGAGAGCAGAUAGCAUUUAUCACAGGGCUACCUCCUCCGAGCGUUCACUAAAUCCGUCUGUACAUUUUCCAACAUCAUUUUUUUUAACUCUUUAAUCCUUAGGAGUGAUUGGGAUCUAAUUUCUUUGUAGUCAACACUGCUCAAUCAAACAUUAAAGAGAUUUAACCAUUCGAAAUUCUCCCCAUAAAUGUUAAAGAAGUCCACGCCCAGGCCGCCAUUAUUCAAAAGAAAAUAAGAGCCAAAACAAAGCCACAAUAGGAGAAAAAAUGUUCUUUCAUCUUGCUCUACUCCUAGCAGCUGCUUAGAUAGAUCGCCAAGUGGUGUUACAAAAUGUUACAAAUCAAAGUGCUCUGUGAGCAAACUCGUGAAUUGACAGAUUACUUACAUGAUUUUUUGGAUUAUGUUUAAUGUUAUCUGGUUUAGGGAAUUUUGAGGUUGAUUGUCAUAUUUUGAGUACGAGCAGUAGUUCAGUGUUCGCUAAUGUAGUAUCCUGUCUUGUUAGCACAUUUUCGAGGAAAAAUGAUCGCGUAAAUGUGAGUAUUGGUGGGGUAUGAAUUUCAUUUCUUUUAAUUCAAGGUUACCGGAUACCAGACCAACAAUUAAUUUUGAUUUUAGGGUCAAUAGAUCAAAGUUUAGGGUAACUGCACUCGGAACUCCCAACUUCAAACAAUAAAUAGGAGACAACAUGAAAUUGAAAUAGUUAGAACCAAGUUAUAUUCAUGAAAAACGAUGGCUUUUCUUUUCUGCCAGAAAUCUUAGUAAUAAUUGCAGUACACGGAUUUUUUUCUUUUCUUUUUUUCUUCUCUUUUUUUAUUUUUUUCUUAUGAAAGCUAAUUUCUCUCUAGCUAAUUUUGAAGGCUAAUUUCCCUCUAGAAGGGAAACGGUAACCUACAAGCUAAGAAAGUGAUGUUAUGUAAACGUUGCAAAACGGUUUUCAGGUCCAAAUAUAUUUUAUCUCCUGGAAAUUCUCCAUGUCGAGCAAUGCAUUUCUCCAAUAUUAAUUUAAUUUAAUAGUGUCAAACAAAAUGACAUUAAACAGUGAAUUCGUAGAAGAUUUAAAAUCAUGUUCAAAAAUCUCGACUGCAAACUAACGUUUUGGAGAGACUUAAUGGGUCAUGGCUUUUACGGCCAUUUUACGGCUUAAGGCUAAUUUCUUUCCGUUUAAGUUAAGAGAAACCAUUUUACAGUUGACUGUUUUUUCACGACUAACAGCUCAUGUCAAUUUUUAUACCUAUAUUAUAUUUUUUAUACCAUUUAACGGCUAACGGUUGACCUCAUUGCGAACAUCGUUUUAUGACGUGUAUAAGAAUAUUACAAUGAUAUUAAUCACUAAAUAAAAAAAAAAAAUGAAAAUAAACGGCUGUCGUUUAAACAGUUAUUCAGUCGCCGACGUUUGGCUGCCUGAAGAGAACAACAAACCACUAGCCCUAAAUCUUUUACUAUGGAAGAGAAAAACAACAUUGCUACCUACUCUCCCGCAGCAUAUGCGAACCCAUAGGGGUAAACAAACAAAAAAACUAAAAAAUAUUCAUAAAGAGGUAAAUUAUGAUUAAAUUCUCUGUUGCUCAGGACGUAGUAAAGUCUGCAUUGAUUUAUCAUUAAGUAUACCUAGUAUAUG